AUGGACGAUUCCGAGCCAACUUCGUUAAAUGCGCUACUUGGAUCGACUGUAGAUGCUGACAUACGUGCUCAAUUAGCUCUGAAUGAGGAGUUGUGGCAUUCUCUGCUGCAGACACAACAAAUCGCAUCUUCCAGUGAUUGUUCCCAUCUACGGGCAAAGGUUGUGAGAAAUUUACUCUCUGCGGGACCAGAAGCACAAAAAACUGCCGAAAAAUGCGGCUUGCUGGUGUGGUUUCACCAUGUACUUCCCAACCCGUCUGUUUCGGAAGAUCCCAAUGACCGUUUUUUUUGGCAGGCCUUCGCAAAUGCUUCCGCUGGUACCUCGCCCAUUAGCAGACAGCUUUGGCAGUUUUUGUUCGAGACAGAUGGUAGCACUCCUGGACUUAUUAUGCAAGAUCGCACACCUCGCGUGUACGUGAGCGAUGGUCUACAUUCUGCGUUCACCGUCGCUUUGUGGUCUCUCGAGCUAUCCUUAGAAAAGGAUCCCCAGACAGAUCCGAUUCAAGACCUGUGUCUUACGGAACGCGGUCAAACAUUGCUUUACAUUCUUUUUUGCAUGGACGGAGUGCUGGAGAUUGGUCACCGCGAAACCGCGCUGUUGAAAGGGUUUGUGGAGAAGAUUUUUCAACAGGGUUUUACGAGCAAGCUGAUUUCCGUGAGCCAAGAUUGUGGGCAUCGCACCUUGUAUUUCGUGUUGAAUACCUUGAAUGAAUUACUGGAAGAUGCGUCCGCAAAAUCUGCAAUCGCUCUGGCUCCAGAAACAUUCCAGACGGCCACUGCAAGCUUUCUUGAAAAAGGUAGUUCUCUACGCUUGAUGCUGUCGGACCUCAGCACAUCCUCCUUCUCCUCUGAUCUUUCACUCACGACAUUUGCAGAACACGUGUCUGUGUUUUUAACGUGCAUUAAAUUUUACUCACUUUUUCUUGAUGUCGCUAAUGACGACCUCGAACGCGACACAUUCAAGCCAUGUAUCGUUCCUGAUCAUCCCGAUUUGAUUUCACCCGCCGCCAAUGCUUCUGACGGUUCUCUCAAGCCUCUCGUAAAACUGCUUGUAGACGUCUUGGGCUUAGCGAGCAACCUGUUUCCUGCGAAAACUCUGGUCGCGACUUCAGCGGCUUCGGCUCAGGAUCCCGUCCGCAAUGAAUUCGCCGAAGCUGCAGCGGGUUUGAAACGAGAGUGCUUGCGCUUGAUUACUUUCUUGCUUCACCUUCAUCCGACUUUACAGGAUGAAGUGCGCGAGCUGGGCGCCAUACCUCUUAUACUUCAACAAUGCAACAUCGAUGAUCAUAAUCCGUACAUUCGUGAAAUUACCAUCCUCUGCAUUAGACAGCUUCUCUUCAACAACGUCGAGAACCAGUCUCUUGUCGCUCGCCUACAACCUCAACAGCCUGUACAAAGCACCGUUGUAAAUGAAGCCGGUUAUGAAGUUUGUCUUAAUUCCGAAGGGAAACCGUAUCUGCAAUCUAUCCAUGCUGACACUGGAACAGCUGAAAUGAACGAAACGAACGGAUCUGCUUCAUCUUAG